AAUACUAUAUGUAUUCGAGCAGGAGCCGCUCGCUCCCGCCACACACGCGAAUGCCGCUCCUCCACCUCUCGCUCCCGCCGCACCGCCUCCUCCUCGUCGGCCGCCGCCGCCGCCGCCGGCUGCCGCUUCUCCUCCCGCCGGCUCCCCGCCACUCCCUCGUCUGCGUAAGGGCGGCGGCGGCGUCGGUGGAGGUGGAUGUGGCCGCGGGGGAGGCGUGCGGGCUCCCCUUCCCUUCCGAGUGCGCCCCCCACCACCGCGAGCUCGCCGCGGCGGCCGCCGCUGUCGAGCGCGCUUGCCGCCUCUGCGUGGACGUUAAGAAAUCACUGCUUUCAUGUGAGACAAAGAUUUUUGAAAAGAAUGACCAAACUCUUGUCACAGUAGCGGAUUUUGGAGUACAAGCCCUUAUUAGUCUAGAGCUCCAGCGAUCGUUUCCAUCUAUACCUCUUGUGGCAGAAGAGGAUUCAGCUUCUUUAAGGUCAUCCAAUACUAAUGAUAACAGUAGCAAUGUACUUGUCGAGUCAAUUUCAAGUGCUGUUGCAGACAAUGUGAGUAACACUGGUUCACCUUUAACCCAUGAUGAUGUGUUGAGAGCUAUUGACAAAGGAGGCAAAGAUGCUGCAUCCUUUGAUUCAAAUCGGGCUACUUAUUGGGUACUUGAUCCAAUCGAUGGUACACAAGGUUUCUCGAAAGUGGAUGAUACUCUGUAUGUGGUGGGCUUGGCCCUUGUGGUGAAUGGAAAAGUAGUGGCAGGAGUGAUGGGAUGUCCUAAUUGGGCCAAUGAUAACAUAGCCAACAGAAAAGAUGACAGCAUUUCUUCCCGUUAUGAUCGUGGGAUCCUUAUGAUUGCUCAUGUGGGCUGUGGUACUUGGACUAGGCGUCUGUCUAAUGAGUUUGGCCAGUUCACUAAGGCACAGACUACUUGGAACAGAUGCUUCGUGGAUUCUUGUUCAGUUGUACACAAGGCGCUCUAUUGCCUUUCCGAUAACCAAACCUGGAAUAUGAUACCACUGUCUCUUGUCUUCAACUCAACGACGGAUGAAUCAAAACCUAGAGAUGAGAAUGAACUUCUUACCUCGUAUGUUUUCUCUGGCAGCUUGUGCAAGUACCUAACUGUAGCCUAUGGGAGAGCCUCAGUUUUCGUCCUUAAAGCACGGACGAAAAGCCUCAAGUCUUGGGAUCAUACUGUCGGAGUAAUUUGUGUGCAGGAGGCUGGUGGUCAGAUCACUGACUGGAGAGGAGAACCUUUGGAUCUUGAAGCUGAUCUAACUGGACGCAGAGACAUCUACCCUUAUGGCGGUAUUCUCAUUACCAACGGUGUUCUGCAUAGCAAUCUCCUUGAAUUGAUCAAGGCGAAUCACAGUUAGCUGCAACGUUUCAUAGCUCCACACAUAACACACUCAUUUUAAAAAAAAUUAAAAACACACACUUUUUUUUUGGGGGUAACAUUUGGCCUCACUGACCAUCAAGCUGUAUUUGGUCUCUCAUUCGGUAGAGCAACCUUGCAAACAUGUUCAGAUUAUUUCCAUGUCAUUACAGCAACUGACGUACAUGACAAAAGGCACUGUUCCGCUAUGUAGAAUGAGUAACUGGAGAUACAUGAACAUGCUGCUUGUGUAAAGUCAUUCCAUAUCAAAUUGCUCCCAGAAUUAUACAAUCUUUUGUCUUCACAAUGUAUGAACCUGUCAUCUGUUGAAUAAAUCCAUCUCAUAGUUGGAGUCAUAUA